AUGGGUAAUCAACCAUCCAGCAUGGGUGGCCAAGGGGGCGAGGGCAAGGAUGACAAGGACAAGAAGAAAGAGAAACCGAAAUACGAACCACCACCACAGCCAACCACCCGCAUCGGCCGCAAGAAGCGCAAGCAACAAGGGCCAAAUGCCUCCGCCAAACUACCGUCCAUCUAUCCGACAUCCAGAUGCAAGUUAAAAUACCUGCGUAUGCAGCGCGUGCAUGACCACCUGCUCCUAGAGGAAGAAUACGUAGAGAAUCAAGAACGGAUUCGCAAGUCUAAAGCCCAGGCGACCUCAGCGCCCGCGGCUACGGAUGAUAACACCAACGCCAUGGACAGAAAUGCAGACGAGAGGAGCAGAGUAGACGAUAUGAGAGGCAGCCCCAUGGGAGUCGGAAACCUGGAGGAGAUGAUCGAUGAUGACCACGCGAUCGUCUCCAGUGCCACAGGGCCCGAGUACUACGUGUCUAUCAUGUCGUUCGUCGAUAAAGACCUGCUGGAGCCGGGAGCUAGUAUUCUGCUUCAUCACAAGUCGGUAUCCGUCGUAGGUGUUCUGACAGAUGAUGCUGAUCCACUGGUAUCGGUCAUGAAGCUGGAGAAGGCCCCGACGGAGUCCUACGCAGACAUCGGUGGUCUGGAGUCGCAGAUUCAAGAAGUGAGAGAGGCUGUCGAACUUCCUUUGUUACAUCCGGAGCUGUACGAGGAGAUGGGUAUCAAGCCGCCGAAGGGUGUCAUUCUCUACGGUGGACCGGGCACAGGAAAGACUCUUCUCGCCAAGGCUGUUGCCAAUCAAACGAGUGCUACUUUCUUGCGCAUUGUGGGCAGUGAGCUUAUCCAGAAAUAUCUCGGUGACGGACCCCGUCUCGUCCGCCAGAUCUUCCAGGUUGCUGCGGAGCAUGCCCCAUCUAUCGUCUUCAUCGAUGAGAUUGACGCCAUCGGAACAAAGCGUUACGAGUCUACUUCCGGUGGUGAGAGGGAGAUUCAGCGUACUAUGCUGGAACUUCUCAACCAGCUCGACGGUUUCGACGACAGAGGCGAUGUUAAAGUCAUCAUGGCUACGAAUAAGAUCGAAUCCCUGGACCCUGCUCUCAUUCGUCCUGGUCGUAUUGACAGGAAGAUUCUCUUCGAGAACCCUGACCAAAACACCAAGAAAAAGAUCUUCACCCUGCACACCUCCAAGAUGUCUCUAAGCGAGGAUGUCGAGCUUGACGAAUUCAUCAGCCAAAAGGACGAGCUCUCCGGUGCAGAUAUUAAAGCCAUCUGCUCCGAGGCUGGUCUCAUGGCCCUUCGCGAGCGCCGUAUGCGUGUGCAAAUGGCCGAUUUCCGAGCAGCCAGGGAGCGCGUCAUGAAGACCAAGACGGAGAACGAGCCAGAGGGAUUGUACUUGUAG